CGGCUUCUACUUCCGCCGGCAGCGCCGUGGCUGCCGCCACUUCCAAGAUGGCGACGUCUCUGGGCUCCAACACCUACAACAGGCAGAACUGGGAGGAUGCGGACUUCCCUAUUCUGUGCCAGACGUGCCUUGGAGAAAAUCCCUACAUCCGGAUGACCAAAGAAAAGUAUGGAAAAGAAUGCAAAAUUUGUGCCAGGCCGUUCACAGUGUUCCGCUGGUGCCCCGGUGUUCGCAUGCGUUUUAAGAAGACUGAAGUGUGCCAAACCUGCAGCAAGCUAAAAAAUGUAUGUCAGACCUGCCUUUUGGACCUAGAAUAUGGCUUACCUAUUCAGGUCCGUGAUGCAGGACUAUCCUUUAAAGAUGACAUGCCUAAGUCUGAUGUGAACAAAGAAUACUACACCCAGAAUGUUGAGCGAGAGAUUUCUAACUCUGAUGGAACUCGGCCAGUUGGUGUUCUUGGGAAGGCUACAGCUACAAGUGACAUGCUGCUCAAAUUGGCCCGGACGACCCCUUACUACAAACGGAAUCGUCCUCACAUUUGUUCCUUCUGGGUGAAAGGAGAAUGUAAAAGGGGAGAGGAGUGUCCGUACAGACAUGAGAAGCCUACAGACCCUGAUGAUCCUCUUGCUGAUCAGAACAUCAAAGAUCGAUACUACGGUAUUAAUGAUCCUGUGGCAGAUAAGCUGCUAAAACGGGCUUCAACAAUGCCUCGCCUGGACCCUCCAGAUGACAAGACCAUUACCACUCUCUAUGUUGGUGGCUUGGGAGAUACAAUUAGUGAGACAGAUCUCAGAAAUCACUUUUACCAGUUUGGUGAGAUUCGAACAAUAACAGUUGUACAGAGGCAGCAGUGCGCUUUCAUCCAGUUUGCUACAAGGCAAGCUGCAGAGAUGGCUGCCGAGAAGUCCUUCAACAAACUGAUUGUAAAUGGGCGCAGACUUAAUGUGAAAUGGGGAAGAUCUCAGGCAGCCAGAGGAAAAGAAAAAGACAAAGAAGGAACCACAGACUCUGGAAUUAAGCUGGAGCCUGUCCCCGGACUUCCUGGAGCUCUUCCUCCUCCUCCAGCAGCUGAAGAAGAAGCUUCUGCCAAUUAUUUUAAUCUCCCUCCCAGUGGUCCUCCCGCAGUGGUUAAUAUUGCUUUGCCCCCUCCUCCUGGGAUUGCACCUCCUCCCCCACCAGGUUUUGGACCACACAUGUUUCACCCAAUGGGACCACCACCUCCCUUCAUGCGAGCUCCAGGACCCAUCCACUAUCCAUCUCAGGAUCCCCAGAGGAUGGGGGCUCAUGCAGGAAAGCACAGCAGUCCCUAACAUCCUGCUACAGUGGUUAAGCUCUGAGGAGGAAAGGCAUUUUAGAAAUGUGAUAAAUAAAUCUUGGAGUAAAUAUUUUUUUCCUUUGUAAGUUUCCAUGGUAGCAUAUAACAUGCUAAGAUAUGGGCAAACAGCUGGAACUGAGUUCCUGAGCACAGGGCAGGUGGAGGAGUCCUGCUAGCCUGAUAUUAACAAAUAUGGUCACUAAUGUAACAGUGUCCUUCGCUUCUUAACCACACAGGAAAAAAGAGGGUCAGGGUGAGCUUCUAGGAACCUUAAGGAGAGUUGUGAUUCUAUUGUAUGUAUUUCUUUGUGUGUUUGGGGUUUGACAAACUUUGACCUGGGGUCAAAGCAAACAUUUGACAAUAUUUUUAAAACAAUUCUUUUGCUAGCCUUUUGCUAGUCAUUAAGGAGAUUCAUUAAGUAUUAUUUCCCUAUUACCCAAGGUCAGACUUUGAAAUCAAACACCCCUAGAUAUUUUCUUUCCUCUUUUAUCCUCCUCUUGCUAAAGGAACCUCUGCCACGAAACAAAACCAACUUCUUUUCAGUCUUAGGAAAACUCCUGCUUAUGUUCUGCCAUCCAAAGUGACUGAUCUUUUCACAAAACUUGGGGGCCUGCCUUGCUAAUUCAUGCCUCCUCUCAUGAGGUAGAAGUUAACUUUUCUAACUGUGAAAUGAACAAACCUUUUAUUUUGUUUGUAUGGGUGAGCUGUGACUUAUGGAAGGGUCUUUGUUUAACUUGCACCUUCAUGUGUUUCUGUCUAAUUUUCUGCUGCUGCAUAGGAGGCUGUCUAUUACUUUUCUCAUUAUAGAAAUGUUGCUUGGAUGUAACUGAAUUGUAGACAAGUGAAAAAGGUAAAGGAAAUGAGACCUGUUCUAAAUUUUAGAAUUUUUUUAAAAAGCGAUUAAAAUGGGCCAGUUUUUC